AUGACACAACACGUUCAUUACAGGAAGCCGCAACCCAUCCGAAGAGACAGGGAUAGGCGGGACCCUGGCAAGUUUUGUCGUUUCCACAAUGACAUAGGGCACCACACCAAUAAGUGUCAUCAACUCAAGGACAAGAUUGAGAAUCUCAUCAAGCUGGGACACCUCCACCAAUAUGCCAAGGGUGGAAGGCGUCUAACACAGCCUCACGUGGUAGGAACGGUGGUACCACCUGUUGCACCACAAGUCCCAGCAAUAGCUCUUGUAGCCCCCCAGCAUCCAGUGACCCAAGGACCUCCUUCGGUAAACGGGCAGGUAGGAACCAUCUCAGGAGGGCCUCACUUGGGGGGCACUUCACGAAGCUCGCAGAACAGGUAUGCGCGGACUUCGAAUCAUGAUGAUAAGGUCAUGGCUUUGGCCGAGCUUUCUACCAAAAUGCCACGAAUGACUGACCAAGUCAUAACAUUCUCCGAAGACGACGCUCAAAGAGUACAUUUCCCACUUCAUGAAUCGUUGGUGAUUGAGAGCCAAAUAUCCAACAAAAUGGUGGCACGAAUUCUAGUAGACAACGAGAGUUUGGUGAACAUCCUGUUUAAGCUAGCCUUUGAGAAGAUAGGGAUGACCACGACAAACUUGUCCCUGUGUGCCUCGACACUCUACGGAUUCUUAGGGGAAGCCCUCAUCCCGAUGGGGCAGAUAAAGCUCCAUGUGACGCUUGUACCUCGCCAAGCCUUCAAAUAUUGCACCUGGUGGACUGUACCUCAGCCUACAAUGCCAUCUUGGGACGACCUACACUAG